AUGAGUUGCAACGGGUGCAGAGUUCUUCGAAAGGGAUGCAGUGAGAACUGUUUUUUACGUCCGUGUUUACAAUGGAUUGAAAGCCCUGAAGCUCAAGGCCAUGCUACAGUUUUCGUUGCCAAGUUUUUUGGCCGAGCUGGUCUUAUGUCCUUCAUUUCUGCUGUCCCCGAGAACCAACGUCCUUCUUUGUUUCAAUCUUUGUUAUUCGAGGCUUGUGGUAGAACGGUGAAUCCAGUAAACGGUGCUGUAGGCCUUUUAUGGACCGGAAACUGGCACGUCUGCCAAGCUGGAGUGGAAACAGUCCUGCGAGGAGGUACUUUACGGCCGAUGCCUGAGUUACUUACAGGCAGAGGAUCUCCAUCUCCUGCAUCAGAUGAAGCGUCGGAGGUUGAAGUAGACUGUACGAACGUAUGGAAGGUACAGGAUCCAAAUCCAUCUCACCGUUAUAGAUUCUCGAAUUCGAGAUCUAGAGUCUCUCCGAAAAGAAAAGGAACUGAAGAGCCAGUGGCGGUCAAGAUGCAGCAUAACGAUCUUGAUCUUUGGUUAACCCCAAGUUUUUCCCCGAAAGGGUUUGCUUAUAAGCAAGAAAUCCGCCGUCCGGAGACCCUUUCAAUGAGUUCAGAGGAGUCUGUGACUACGAAUACAACUUGCUUUCAUGAUAGUGCUGGAUUGGGAGAUCAGUAUGGAAAUGGAGGACGAGAAACAAAGUUAUUGAACUUGUUUCUUUAG